GGGGUAGUGUGCCUCUAUAUAUAGCCAGCAAACUCAGACUGUACUAGUGCUUGUCUAACAUAGAAGGAAGACUGGACUGCAAACACUGAAAUUUUCUCAGACCUAUAAGUCAGCUAUUCAACCACAAGGAUGCUGUAUGUGUUCCUCUGGAUAUCCUUAUGCCUGUGCCGGAUGGGGCUAUGUAACAUCCUACAGGAGAAACAGACAGAUUUUGGACUGCGAGUCUUCUCUGAGGUGUCCCAUUCCUCCCCCGACCAGAAUCUUGCUUUCUCCCCAUAUGGCAUCUCAAGUAUCUUGGGAAUGGCCCAGCUUGGUGCAUCUGGCAGCACACUGAAGGCCCUUACAUCUAGUAUGGGCUUCUCCUUGCAAGAGCGCGGGGCGCCUCGACAGCAACGUCUCAUACAGAGGGACCUGUCAAGAGAGGAUGCGGUGCAGUUAAUAAGUGGGGUGAUGGUGGAUCGCAAGCUGAGUAUGGAGAAAUCCUUCCGCAGGGGGUUAGGCAAAGCCUACCAGAGCACACCAAAUCAGCUGGACUUUUCUGAGCCGGAGACCGCCCUAGCAGUUAUCAAUGCCUGGGUAGCUGACUAUACAGAAGGAAUGAUUCCUGACUUCCUCUCCUCCGGCGCUCUCACUGAGGACACUCGGCUGGUAUUGCUCAAUGCCAUCCACUUCAGGGGCCUUUGGAAGGUGCCCUUUGACCCCCGAAUGACCCAGGAAAGACUUUUCCACUGUGCCAAUGGGAGCUCUGUGCCUGUGCCUAUGAUGAGUAUCACCCAGCGCUUCAACUAUGGUGACUUUGUGACAGAAGAUGGCGUGGAUUAUGAUGUGAUUGAGGUUCCCUAUGAAGGAGAUUCCCUGAGCAUGCUCCUAGUGUCUCCUUUUGAAGAAGAUGUACCACUUUCUGCUCUAACCAAAGGACUUGGAGGAAAAACUCUGCAGCAGUGGAGAAACGGACUGAGAAAAGUCAAUCGACAGCUGGCACUACCCAGGUUCACUAUUGAUACACAACUGGACCUGAAGCCUGCACUCACUCAGAUGGGACUGGGCAAUCUCUUCAGCCAGAAGAAUGCUGACUUCUCACGCAUAACCACCGAGGAGCCGUUGUGUGUGUCAAAGGUUCUCCAAAGGACAAAGAUUGAAGUAGAUGAAGAGGGGACUAAGGGCUCUGCAGCCACAGCUGCUAUCAUCUUCUCACGAAUGGCUGUUGAAGAGAUAACCUUGGACCGACCAUUCCUCUUCCUUAUCCAACACAAACCCACUGGUGCUGUUCUGUUUAUGGGUCAAGUCAACCAGCCUCAGCAACACUAGGCCCCAAUCUCAAGAUGCAGACCAUCAGUAAACAUUAAAGACAUUCCACUGACAGGCACAUCUGUCAUUGAGACUACUAAUUAUCCAAACAACAAAAAAAUUCUAAUUUUGAAUUAUUAGCCAUAUGUAGUGACUACCCGUGGUGUGUGUGCAGUUGGGAACAGGUAUUCUUUAUCAUUUUUUCCCUCUUGGUCAUUUUAUCAUCUAGGCAAUUUUCUCUAUCCAUCAUUAACUAAUUAUUACACAAGACAGUUUAUUUGGUCAUACUUUUUAUGCCUGUUGCCUAGCAGAGACAUACAAUGCAGGGAGCAACCACUGUAAUGAUUCCAUUUAUUUUUACAAGAUAAAAACAAGAUAAAUUCAAUGGUCAUAUGUCGCCAUUUUGAAAAUUUGUAAGAUCAAUAUGAUUUUUUUUUAAAACCAGGCCAAGUCACUAAGGGAAAACUAGGUGCAACUAAGUGCAUUCAUUCAUUUAUUCAAGGGGGGAGAGACUAUAUUUUCAUAAUCAGAGAGUGGUUUGUCUUUAUAAUGUUUAUUUUGUUAAUGUUAUUUAUGAAGGCAUCAUAUGACCAAGAUGAUUUGAUUUUUAAGAGACGCAACUGAAGAAGAAAGAUUCUGAAACAAUGCACUGUAAGUAGGAGUAAGAUGAGAUUCGAGGUUCUAUGGAAUCAGGACUGACAGGAGUGCUUUCAAGAAGAGGCUUUGAAUACUGAAACAAAAACCAACACUAUUUUUUUUAUUCUUCUGUUCCUGAAAACGUGUAUCCUGAUUGUUUGUAAUUCGUGAACUAGUUUCAUAUGUAUUUGAAGUUGAAGCUUGAAAAGAGCAAUUUGAAACCUGCUCAUUCAACUGAAUG